AAGCUUCCGUCAUUUCGAUCCGUUCUGUUGAAAUCUGUCGUCAUUUCCGUCUUCGUUCCUCGCUCGGAUUUCGCGCGAAUCGCGGUUUCCGUGAUCCUCCGCGACUCUGUUCUUCGAAUCGAGCUCGUCUUUCGAUAGGCAUAUAGGAUCAAUGUUUGAUUAGGUUAAGGAUGAGUUCUUUAGAUGUAGCUAGAGCCGACCUUGCCCUCGCAGUUCUGUAUCUGAAUAAGGCUGAAGCCAGGGACAAGAUAUGCAGGGCCAUUCAAUAUGGAUCGAAAUUCUUAAGUAAUGGAGAGCCUGGUACAGCCCAGAAUGUUGACAAAUCGACCAGCUUAGCACGAAAAGUAUUUCGCCUUUUCAAGUUUGUCAAUGAUCUGCACGGUCUUAUCGGUCCUGUUCCUGAAGGGACACCUCUUGCUCUUGUUUUGCUUGGGAAGUCCAAAAAUGCAUUAUUAUCAACGUUCUUGUUCCUUGAUCAAAUCGUCUGGCUUGGUAGAACUGGCAUCUACAAGAACAAAGAACGUGCUGAGCUUCUUGGGCGGAUAUCACUCUUCUGUUGGACGGGUUCCUCAAUAUGCACUACCUUGGUUGAGCUUGGGGAGAUAGGGAGGCUGUCCGCAUCAAUGAAGAAGUUAGAGAAGAAUCUGAAAGAUGGUGACAAGUAUCAAAAUGAGCAGUAUCGAGCUAAGCUUAAAAAAUCCAAUGAGAGGACUCUGGCCUUGAUUAAGGCGUCGAUGGACAUCGUUGUUGCGGUAGGCCUGCUUCAAUUGGCGCCCAAGAAAGUUACUCCCCGUGUAACAGGAGCCUUUGGAUUUGUUAGCUCUCUUAUCUCAUGUUAUCAGUUACUGCCUUCACCACCCAAGUCGAAGGCAUCCUGAGGAGAGAAAGCUUAUUCUGAUCAUACAGCCUCUGUAUCCCUCCAAUAAUUAUCAAAGGCCUGUGCUUGAAUCUGCAGUAGUGUAUUAUUUUUGCUUUAGCUUGCUGUCUCUUAGGGUGAUGUUGAAACUCACCCCAUUAUUUGUGCAUCUAUGCUUUAGAAAGUUAUCCGUUGAUCUCUAUGACAAAUAAUAUGCCUUGCUGUUGUC